UUACUAAAAAAAAUUUGUUAAAAAUAGUUAGCAAUUAAAGAGCUUUUCGUAUUUCUGUAUGCAACAUGGUUUUAAACUAUGAUAAAAAAGAAAAUAAUAUGCUCUACUGUACACUUUUAUAAGCAUUUGUUCUAUAUAUUUUAUUACUAAUUUAUUGAAAUAUUACUAUGCAUAUUAUGAUAUGCUAAUAUGUGUUUUAUGUCGAUGCACUACUCUUUACACAAUAGAACAAAUUGUACUUAUAAGAUCAAUUUUCAAAUAUACAUUUUCUUUAUGUUCACUAUGUAUUAAAUAUUUGUUAUAAUAUAUGUUGUAAUAAAAAAUAUUGUUUGAGUAUAUUCAUGUAUACAAUUGCGUUAAAACUCAUGAAAUAUAAUAAAAUAUCACUGUAUAGAAAACGAAUAUUGAUAAUAUUCAUAGCUUUUUGCUGCAAUUAUCUCCAAGAACUCGUAUUGUGUUAGAUCAAUAUUUCUAUAUACAUAUAUAUAUUCUUUUCAAAUCAAUUGAAGUCUUAUAAAGUUAUCAUAAGGAAUUUUCAUUAUUUAGAAGAAAUAUAGAAAUAGUAAAAAGACAUGUGUUUGUGUCUUGGUGCUUUGAAAUCUGGUAAAACACUGUUGCUGAAACGUCUUCAAGGCGACGAAAUAGACAAUGCCACCCAUACAGUACCAACUAAUGGUAUCAAUUUAUUUACAAUUAAAAAUAAUACUGGUGAAUUUGAUAUAAUUGUUCGAGAGAUUGGUGGUAAUAUGGCACCAAUUUGGAAAUAUUACUUCGACAAGGUUUAUAAAUUAAUUUUUGUCGUGGAUACUAGCAAUCUUUGCCAGAUAAGUGCAGCCGGUGUAUUAUUGUAUUCGGCAUUAGUCGAACCAAGAUUAAAACAUAUAAAAAUUGCACUUAUUUUAAACAAAAUGGAUCUCUCUUACAGACAAAUGAGAAAUGAAGCUCUUCUUAUGCUUCAAUUUGCACGUUUGAAGAAAGAAAUAACUCAAGAGAUAAUUGUAAUUGAAACUAGUGGAAUAACAGGACAAGGUAUUGAAGACUUACGUAAUUGGUUAUUUGACCCAUAUACUUUAAAAACUGUAAAAAGUGUCAAUAGAUAAAUUAUAUCUCCAAAUUGAUGACUCUCUUUAUUUACACUAAAUUUUACAAAUAUGUAAAUUUAUUGCUAUAUUUGUAUGAAAUGGUUAAAACAAUCAUUUUAUUAUAAUGAAACACAAAUAGUAACAGUGUAAUAUUUAUACAGUUGAAAACUCUGUUACUGUAUUAACGUAGUAGACAGUAAUGAUUAUUAAAACGAUGUUAAAUGAUGGAUGAGUCGAAUAAAUGAUAAAGCUGCAGUAAAAUUGAAUUUAAAAAAAAAUCUCAUAUAUUUUGUUUUCAUAUAUUAAUUUAUAAUUGUGUGAAGAUAAUGUAUAUUAUAAUAAGAAUAACAGAGAAGGAAAAAUAUAAUAUUUACUCAAUUCGUAGGAAUCUAUCAAUACCAUUCAGUGCUUGCAAAAAUAUGUAGCAUUAAUGAAAAAUGCCAACAUUUAUUAUAGCUGCGAAAGUUGUUAAUUUUCCAAAUAUUUUCUAUAUAAAAAGAUAGCUUGUUCAUCAAUUCUAAUACUUUUUCUACAAUUUUAUGAAUAUGAUAAUG